AUGAAAUACAUUUUGGUUUCUGGAGGUGUCAUCUCCGGAGUUGGCAAGGGCAUCAUUGCCUCCAGCACUGGGCUUCUCCUAAAGACCCGUGGUCUGAAAGUGACCAGUAUUAAGAUAGACCCGUAUAUGAAUGUUGAUGCUGGGACUAUGAGCCCCACCGAGCAUGGGGAGGUGUAUGUCUUAGAUGACGGUGGGGAGGUUGACUUGGAUUUGGGAAACUAUGAGCGCUAUUUAAAUAUUUCUCUGAGCCACGAACAUAAUAUUACCACUGGCAAAAUCUACCUACAUGUUAUUGAGCGUGAACGCCGUGGUGACUAUCUUGGCAAAACAGUCCAAAUCGUACCGCAUCUGACAGAUGCCAUCCAAGACUGGAUUGAACGUGUGGCUAAAAUUCCCGUUGAUGAAUCCGGGCAAGAGCCGGACGUGUGUAUUGUCGAGCUCGGAGGCACGAUCGGAGACGUGGAGUCAGGUGUCUUUUUUGAGGCCAUGCGUCAGCUACAGAGACGAGCCGGAAAGGGAAAUUUUCUGCAAAUCCAUGUUUCUUACGUUCCCGUAAUACCGCCUGGUGAUGGCGAGCAGAAGACGAAGCCAACCCAACGGGCGAUCAGCGAUGUCCGGAGUGCAGGUCUCAGUCCAGACUUGAUUGCUUGCCGCUGCGAGAGACCUCUCGAGGACCAAACAAUUGUCAAAAUCGCCAAUGCAUGUCAAGUUGAUCGAGAUCAGGUCCUCACAGUCCACAAUGUUUCAACAACCUAUCAUGUUCCUGUGCUUCUUGAGAACCAAGGUGUUCUUUCGACCAUAAACCGUGUCCUUCAGCUUGAGAGCAUCAAUAUACCUAAAAAUCUUCUGCAACAAGGUAUCGCUACGUGGACUUCAUGGAAAUCCCUAGCAACAGCUCAGGAUCACAUACAGGAGACCGUGUCCAUUGCUCUUGUUGGCAAAUACACAUCCCUCCACGACUCCUAUAUGAGUGUGAGCAAAUCGUUGGAACAUGCGGCUAUGCACUGUAAACGGAAAAUCAACCUUGUCUGGGUUGAUGCAUCCCAUUUGGAAGAGACGACGCAGGAGAGCUCCCCCGCAGAAUUCCAUAAAGCAUGGCAUGUCGUCUGUAUGGCAAACGGCAUCCUAGUCCCUGGAGGCUUCGGCCAUCGGGGGACGGAGGGAAUGAUCAAAGCUGCCAAGUGGGCGCGCACCAACAACAUUCCCUACCUGGGUAUUUGCUUAGGGAUGCAACUAGCCGUCAUCGAAUUUGCUCGUAACGUCUGUGGUCUAGACGCAAAUAGCCAGGAAUUUGACGAGCACCACUCAACCCCGGCAAUCGUCUACAUGCCUGAAAUCAACAAGGAAAAGAUGGGUGGGACAAUGCGAUUGGGCAAGCGACCCACCAUCUUCCAGCCUGACACAGAAUGGUCCCGUCUUCGAAAGUUAUACGGCGACACCCCCGCCAUCUGGGAGCGGCACCGUCAUCGCUACGAGGUCAAUCCCAAGAUGGUGGAGGCGCUGGAAAAGGCCGGGCUGACGUUUGUCGGCAAGGAUGAGAAAGGUGAGCGGAUGGAAAUCAUCGAGCUCAAGGAGCAUAAAUGGUAUGUUGGCGUGCAGUUUCACCCAGAGUAUCUCUCUCGCGUGCUUGCGCCUAGCAAGACGUUCCUCGGUUUCUUUGCUGCCGCUGCAGGUUGUCUUGAAGAGAUCACCGAGUCGUACAAGGAUCGCCAUGACCUUAGCCGCCAGGAAAUGGACCCUGGUUUGAUUCCAGUGCGGUAG